UGUGUUUCCUGCCGGACGCUAAUACGCGGCGGACCGGAAGUUUUGAUCCAAACAUGGCCCGCUCCGCUCCACCAGAGCUGUCUCCGUGGAUUGAGAGGCUGAUUCUGGACUACAGCGGCCCGGAGGAGGAGCGGAGGCCCCGCAGCGGCUCCGGCUGCAUCAGGGCCCGUGUGGUCGGGGUGGGGCACCAGUCCAUGUCCCAGGUUCGGGCCCGGGGUUCGGACGGACCCGUCGAGCUGCUCCUUCUGUCGGACGGGGAGCUGCGCCUCCCCGCCGUGCUCACCGCGGCCGCCUGGGACUGCCUGCAGGAGCAGGAGGACCGGGAAAGUCUCGACAGCUUCCUCAACACCAACGUGCUGGUCCAGGACUACCGGCUCCGGUUCCACAUGGACCCGGACCUGGACAAGGCCAUGUUCUUCUUGUCUCUGGAGGAGGUGACCACCUGCGGAGCCGGGCGCUUUCAGGACCACUGCCCCUGCUGCACCACCCGGGCCUCCAUCAAGACCAAGGUCCUGCAGACCUGGAGGUCCCUGCUGGGUCAGAACUCUCAGGGGAGCCAGUCUGGACACGAACUGUCCCUGCUGCUGAGGGCGUGUCACCAGGACUCCCUGCAGCCGGUUCUGGACCACGUCCAGGUCCUCCUGAUGACCCCACCAGGACUCUCCACGUCCCCCCACAGCUCGUCUCUGACCCGGUCUACYAGCAGCUGGGACAUGGACCGGGUCCGGUACAAGACAGAGAGGCCCUUUAGAGUCCCGGUGAAGAGUCUUUUGAUCCCUGAGGGUCCUGAGUCCAGAACACAGACGGGACCGGAGUCUGUGGACCACACGGACUGGCAGGUACCAGAUCUAGGAGGAGGACCGGUCUGUGGUCCAGCAAAGAGCUCAGACAUGAGUGACCGGCCUUCGUCCAACCCCUGGGACCUGUUCCCCCCUCCCUGCACCAGCCCCUCUGACGAGUCAUCUCCAGAACCGACCCAGGACCARCCUGGUCCGGUCUCAUCCACACCCGGUCCUGGUUCUGAGGAGAGCCCCAGUCUCCUCCCACCCUACCAGAACCCUCCGACCAGCAGCGUCCCGGUCUGGUCCUCAUCGGUCCAGAGUCCAGCAGAACCUCUGGUCUCGGACAGAACCCACGUCCCUGCAGGGCUGCAGACCUGUCCCAGUCUGGACGGGGACCACGGGGUCCAGGAGGGUCCUGCUGUGUACAGGAAGCCGAAGAGGAAGCGUUGUGACGUCACACCUGAGAAGGUGAGCGAGUGGGAGGGGCCUAGCCCGAGCCCGCCAUCGUGGCUCUUCCAGACCCAGGAGUCCAGAACCCAGGAGGACAGCGGUCCCAAACCGCCCGGGCCGAGAAGGACCCCCAGCGUCCACGAGGACGGCGUGCCGUUCUCCUACACCUACACCGUGUCGGGUCAGAACCUGCAGGACUUCAGUCGGUUCCGAGUGCCUGAGCCGGUCCUGCGCUGGGCUCUGAGGUACCUUCUGACCCCAGAACCCUCAGGACCUCCUCCAGACGUGCGCUGAUGGGACAGAGGGACGUUUGGUUCUGAGUUGGUCCAGUUGUUCAGGUUUGGACCUCCAGAAGACGGAACUGCAGAACCCGGAUCAGGACCAGUUCUGAGACGUUUCCUGUUUGUGUUGGUUCUGGUUCUGGACGGUUUGCGGAUGUUGGGUUUUCAGUUCCAGAUGUUCUGUUCGUCCAGCAGGUGGCGCCAAAACUCCUCAAACUUUCAGACCGGAUGUGAAAAAAACCUGCAUCAGAAAUCAUUUUUCAAAAUAAAAGCUUUUGUAAAUUCAUCUCGUUUCUUCAAGUCUUAGAGUUUAAAGGUUCUGGUGGUUCUGUCAGCGUGUGGCCCAACAGGCCCGGUUAAUCAAACCAGAACCAAUAAAAGAACUGAGGAGGUUCUGGUCCGGUUCUAAAGGUUUGAAAUCAACAGAUGUUCAAAGAUUAAACAGCUGAGAUUGAUUUUAUAACUCGUUUAAUUUGUUUUUAUAAAUAAAGUUUUUCUCAUGUCUUUA